ACUCCAGAGGGAAAGCACUUUGCACCACAGACAGAUAGCAAGAGAGAGAGAGAGAGAGAGGAGGGAGGAAGGAGCAAGGAGCAAGGGAGAGAGGAAAAGAAAGUUUGUAUACAGAGACUUAAAAAAAAAAAAAGUCUUGUUGCACCUGGUAGCACUGGUGAAACAGAAAUGAGAGUUCUGUUUCAUGCUUAAAUAGCUGAGAGACAAUGGGAUAGUAGGGGAAAGUUAACAAUCUCUGCUUAAAUUUUAUAACUGCAGGGUACUGGAAGCACAGCUGCCUCUCGCUUUAAUGUAGUCUUAAGGGCUACUGGAAAAGGGAACUUUUUUUUUAAACAUCUUAGCCUCUGAAAAAUAAAGAACAACUUAGAGUUGAAUGAAUUCCAUGCAGAGUUAUGGGUUUUGACCAGACAGAUUCUAUUUAACCAUCUCUACUGACUUUAAAGAAAGACACAGAGAGGCUGGGGAGCUUUUUAAACAUGUCUUUUAGUUUAGUUUUUUUCCAAUGAGGGUACAGGGGGAGAAAGGGAGCUGAAGGCAGCCUGUUGAAGAGCAGCAGCAGGGAAAAUGGGUCUGUUAAGCGUGGAUUUGCUGAUCACGCUUCAGAUCUUGCCGGUUUUUUUCUCCAAUUGCCUCUUCCUUGCACUCUAUGAUUCUGUGAUCCUCCUGAAGCACAUGGUGCUGUUUCUGAGUCGGUCUAAGUCUGCGCGUGGUGAGUGGCGAAGGAUGCUGACCUCAGAGGGGCUGCGUUGCGUCUGGAAUAGCUUCCUCCUAGAUGCUUACAAACAGGUGAAAUUGGGUGGAGAAGCCCCAAACUCCAGAGUGAUUCACAUAACCAAUGGCAUCAGUGGUGGCAGUACCAGAUGCAAGAAUGUUGGUGGAAAGUUGGGGAGCAAGUGCCAUCUCUUGGAUUUUGCCAACUCUGAGCGUCCCCUGGUGGUCAACUUUGGUUCAGCUACCUGACCUCCAUUCACGAGCCAGCUGUCAGCCUUCAGCAAGCUGGUGGAGGAGUUUUCAGGUGUGGCUGACUUCCUGUUGGUCUACAUUGACGAGGCUCACCCAUCAGAUGGUUGGGCUGCUCCUGGAAUCUCGCCCUCUUCAUUUGAGGUGAAGAAGCACAAGAACCAGGAAGACCGAUGUGCAGCUGCUCACCAGCUCCUGCAGAGGUUUUCCUUGCCCCCCCAGUGCCAAGUAGUGGCUGACUGCAUGGAUAAUAAUGCCAAUGUAGCCUAUGGGGUCUCCUUUGAGCGCGUGUGUAUCGUGCAGCGACAGAAAAUUGCUUACCUGGGGGGCAAGGGCCCCUUUUUCUACAGCCUCCAGGAAGUUCAGCUUUGGCUUGAACAAAACUGCAGCAAGAGAUGAAAUCCAGCAUAUGCUGAGGAAAAUGUUUCAAGAGUAGUGUCCCUUUAAUGUGAUAUAAAAGGGAAAAAAAACAUAAACUGUUUUGAAAGGUCCUUUUUUGGCCUAUUACAAGAAAUAACAAGGUCAAAUGAAUGCAUACCAGAAAAGAAAAAUAACACAAAAAUGAUAGUUGUGUGAAACAACCCCACUCCUGCCUUCCCAAUGGGACAGAAAGAGCAACUGUGAAAAGUGCCACUCCUAAGCAGGGAAGAUGGUGAGAUGAGAUAUUUCUCCCAGGAGGAACCUAUGCAUAUAUUGAAGCGUUGGUGUUAGAAUGAGCCAGAAACAUUUCUGUUUGGAAGACUGUUGUAUAAAGAGGCAAUGUAAUGAAUUUGAACAGGGACAUCUCUUUGUUCCACUGAUGGCCAUGUUAGCAAUUGCAAGGAGCCAAAGUCUUGCCAUUAAUUUGCAUAAAAUGGAAUAGAUUAUAGCUACUCUCCUCUUGAUACAGAAGCAUGACCCUUCAGAUAAUACAGCAUACACAAUAUAAUGCAGUGCAAGCUUGCUCUGUGUGUGCAAUAUAUAUAUAUAUGUGUAUAUAUAUAGAUCUUUCUAUCUGUCUAUCUAUCUAUAUAUCAAUAUAUAGAUAUAGAGAGAUAGAUAUCUAUAUAUAGAUAUAUAUAACAU